GUUUGUUAUGGUUUAGGCCAGUCUUGGACAGUUAAAACCGUUUGAAUUUAUUUUAGUCUACUAGAGGGUGCUGCGGUGACAGACGAGAAGUUGAAAACGAUUCAUUGAAAAUCAAACACAAAAUGGUGUUUUACUUCACAAGUAAUGUUGUUACGCCACCAUACACACUUUUUAUGGGGGAAGAUAAACACGAAAAUGAAGACUUGAUACGCUGGGCAUUUCCAGAAGAUGUAUGGUUUCAUGUAGAUAAAGUUUCUUCAGCCCAUGUAUAUAUAAGACUACACAAGGGAGAAACAUUAGAUGAUGUCCCUCAAACUGUGAUAGAUGAUUGUGCUCAGCUAGUCAAAGCAAACAGUAUACAAGGUAAUAAGAUGAAUAAUAUAGAUGUGGUAUACACUAUGUCCUCUAAUUUAAAAAAGACAGCUGGAAUGGAUGUAGGGCAGGUUGGAUUUUACAAACAGAAAGAUGUAAGAUCUGUCAGAGUUGAAAAAAGAAUUAACGAAAUAGUGAAUAGACUGAACAAGACAAAAGAAGAAAAGCAUCCUGACUUUAGAGCAGAGAGAGAAGAAAGAGAUCAUAAAGAGAGAGAGGCACAGAGGAAAAUUCAACAAGAAUUAAAGUUGAAAGAAAAGGAGGAGGAAAGAAGACGUAAAGAACAGGCAGAAUUAAGAUCAUACUCAUCAUUAAUGAAAGAAGAAAAUAUGCAGACCAAUGUGGAUGAUGGGAAUGAUUCUGAUGACUUCAUGUAAAGGAAACAAUCUAAAGGAGAAGAAAAUCCCAAUAAGAUGCAUGGAUGCCAUACUAUAUCUGUCAGAUUGCUCUAGUAAUCAUAAAAAAAUAGAAAAUGACAAAGACCUCAUUCUCAAGUAUUCAUAAUGCUUUUCUGCUUGAACAGCAAUAAAGUGAAUCGGAAAUGGUAUUAUACAGUGUAUUCAUCUCUUUUCUGUGCUGUUGCGUGUUAGUGCUGGAAAGGUGUGCAUCAUUUUGGGUAUAGAACCAGAAGGUAAAAGAGCAUGGGCAAGUCAGUAUAACAUUUAUGUAUUUUUUAUUUUAAUUUUUCUGAAUGGCUUUUGUUCUGUGAUAUUGCCAUAUUCUCUUAUGUGUUACAUAUAUGUAACUUCAGGCCAUCUGGUAUGUAAACUAAUAUUACUGUCCAUGGGACAUUCUCUCAUUCCGCAGUUUUUUUUUGGCAUACAUUUUUUGUAUGAGAAGUAUGGCUGGAAACAUGCACAGAACCGGUUUGGAAGUCGUAAUACUAUUCGUUGAUAAUCGAUAAUCUUGGAGAAUCAGUGAGAUAUACAUGUGCGUUGCAUUCUUAAAUGAAGUUUGUUUGCUUGAAAUCAUCAUUGUGAAUGAACACCUUGACAUAUUCUCAUAUCCCAGGGAAUGAUUCACAGAUCACAGAGGGUGAACCACGUGUGUCUAGCGUGAGGUGGGAAUGUCCCUGGAUAUGCUGUUAGUCAUAAAUGUUACUAAUAAUGGCAAAGCAUGCAGAGAGAUGUGCGUGUGUACUUGUGUAAGUUCUUGCAAUCACCCAAAAAUCUGUUUUAGAUUUACAUGACGAUGGAGUUGAAAGUUAUUCUAACAUAGCUUGAAGUAUCAGUAUUUCUUUGUUAUUGUAAAUCAUGUGAUUUCUGUUGCAAUCACAAUAAUUGUACUAAGGAAUACAAUUACGGGGUAUAAUACAAGAGCUUCACUUGUGAAGCACUAGUCUUGCAAGAGCUGGACAAGAACACACCAACAGGCGUAGUCGAAUUUACGUGAUGUACAUUUAUACAUGUUUAAAGGUCUUGAGUAUGGGGAAACAUCAACAAGAAAAUAAACGUCUCUUUAUUCAAGUUAUGGAUGUUGUCACUUUUCUUUUCUCCAAAAUCUCAUACUGCACUGACUGUCUCAAAACUUU